AUGUCUGGACGCCGCUCCUACUCUUCUGCCGCCACUCCCUCCUCCCCGUCCCCCUCCCCCUCCUUCUCCUCUCCUUCCCCCUGCCCCUGGUCCUCUCCUUCUGCCCUCGCCCCUGGUCCCUCCUCCUGGUCCUGGUCCUCUCCUCCUGCUCCGGCCCCCUCCUCCUGCCCCUGGUCCUCUCCUUCCGCCCCAUCCUCCUGGUCCUCCCCUCCCGCUCCGGCUUCCUCCUCCUCCUCGUCCUCUUGGUCCUCUCCUUCCACUCCCGCUGCCGUUCCCGUUCCCGCUUCCUCCUCCGCCUCCUCUGUCGAUGAGCUAUUGGCUUCAAUGGCUUCCACGUCUAUCAAUGAGGUGGAGAACGAAAGACUGCCUGUCAAGGCAUACGUCUUCGUCUCCAUUGACUUGGAGGCAACCACGCACGAGUACAACUGCAUUGCCAAUGGCAAGGUUUAUCCUCGCUCAACGCCAACACAGAUUGGCAUCUCGGUCCUCCGUGCGACCGGGGACAACGCGGCCCUUUACGCGAAGGAUCCGUGUUCGGAAGCUGGCACCGAAUUCCGCCACAUCUUCAUCAAGGAAUUCAAAAAGUACAGGACCAGAGUUGGAAAGCUCAAACAAGGUGAAAAGGUCGCCUUUCAAUACGGCCGCACCGAGUUUCACGAGCUCGCCAAGGUCAAUGGGCUGAUCAAAAAGCUUAUUGAGGAGGAGUCCAAAUAUGGACAAGUGGUCUUGGUUGGUCAUGCCAUUCAAAAUGACCAAGCCUUUUUGGAGAAAGCGGGGAUCGACGCUUUCGAUCGUUUCUUCCCGGAUGCCAUUGAUACACAGGCGAUCCAUCUCGAGCCGGGAAGCAAGAACGGUCGAAGUCUCCUCAACUUGGUCUGGGGCUACGACCCUUCCGUCCAGCCUGGAUGGGAGCACAACGCUGGCAACGAUGCCGCGUGGACGCUUUGGGUCUUGGCCAACAAGUUCCCAGACCUUCUUAGGGUCUCGGAUUCCGGCGAGGAGAUGAUCAUCGACUCGUAUAAGAAGCUCAGAUUUCCUUCAAGGAUGAGCAGACAAAGUCGUCUUUACGAGGAUCAAGAUGACAUUGAGGAGUCGGGCGGUUGGGGGAUUGAGAAUUGGAAAACCCCCUCUGCUUGGGACUCAUAG